AGAAAUCAUUGAAUGACAAGUGGGUCGAGUGAAGAAGCAUGGAGUACUAUUCCAAAUUUCCAAUCAGCUUCUCGGCUCCUUGUCCGACCCCAGCCUCCGCGGACAUAAAGCAGGACCCUUGUUCGAAUUUCAAACGUUCAAUUGAACCUCGCGUAACUUUGGGCGACAGCAGCAAAUGUCACUGCCACACAGUAUCUUGAUCAAGCUACCGCAGCACCACGGUCUUUUUGACAGUUCUCUUUAUGCGAUCCCAGUCUAUUGCGGCAGCUCUGAGCCUAGGGUUAGCAGCUCUGGCGUUGCAUGACCAGUUUCCGAUUAACACUGUUGGAGAAACCAAUGUUCGACCCUUGGAUGUCACCAUCUUAAAUCCUGAUCAUGCAUACGGUGUUAGCUCCAAUAGUGAGCAAUGGAAGUUUGACGAACAUCCUCCCGAGAAUGCGACAGGGAACUUGAUCUUCGACACUGUCCAUUCAUUACUGCAGCACUGGCCAAAUACACGGUAUCGUAAUGGACACAACAUAGUACCAGGAGUGAUUCCAACCGGUACUUUGCUCUAUCACGGCACCAAUGGUUCGCAUAUGAUACCCAGCGAGCCCGAGUGGACCUCUACAGACCCGGAGCAUUCUAUUUUUUUUGCUCGUGGGAAUGGGAGUGGCUGGCACCUUACGCUGGCAGCAACGCGACCCCUCAAAGUAUUGUACUUCGAUGGAAGCAGUGCUUAUAAGCUAUCCAAAGGUACAAUGGACAUGCAAGAUAUAGUCGCCUGGGGAGAACCGCGACCCGAGCGAUCCUUCGAUGAAAGGGAUCGGAUUGAUAGUCUCUGUACGUGGGGCAAGGAAUUUGGAAUUGAUGGUUUUGUGAGGAUGGAAAUGGACUUUGAAGUUAUGUUGUGCGAUUUUACGGCUGGUGUCGAGGUAGUGUCUUUCCUACACCUCGCAUUGCCGAAGGACGAACGGCCAUCCCGUCACCCUACGCCGCUUGAUUCUGACACCGGGGCUCGCACGUUUGAAGUCGUGCACUCCGGCUCAUGGCACAAUCGCUACCCAGGAGAGUCUCGUAUUGUACUGGACCUGACUGGUCUUAUCUCAUUUUAUGAUACUGCACUGGCACCAUCCCUCAUCCCGGUUCGCGUAGGUCUUGAACGGUGCGACCACCGCGUACUCGGAAUAUCAUCAGAUGACAUAUCGCGGGUGAUGGAAGCGCUCAUCAAAAUUAUCACUCGACCACAUCCGGUAGGCAGCGGGAUUGACUGGAAGACCCUCACCCACGUCAUUGUCGAUCGAUACGCAGAUCGACUCGAGCUAAUGCAGUAUCUCUUGAAUUUUACCUCAUCAGACCCGCAAGAGCUCCUUCAUCAAGCAAAGCUCGCGCAGACACAGCUCCGUGUCAUGCUUACGCCGUAUCUGUUACAUUCCACCAUUGUCCCCACCGCAGUCACGUCAGACGUAGAUGCAUCACAGUGGGCAUUCCCAAUCUUCAGGCUAUGCGCCAUAACACACACUUCUGAAAUGAUCAACCAAAUACCAUUAAUGACAUCUUCGGAACGUCUGCUGUUGACAGCCGUGGAGGACACAACAAGAGAAAUCUGCCGUGUAACUACGAACAUGUGGGCUAAUGGUGUCAUGAGCGGGCUCGACAGCCUCUUUCACGUGGAACGUAAUGUGGAUCGUGAAGUCACUCGAUUGAUGAACGAUUGGAGACAAGACGUCAAGAAGCUGAUGUCUUGGUUGGACUGGAGUGUAUGGGUCAAGUGCCGACCUGCCUGCAGCACAGAGGAAAUAUGCUAUCUCCCUACCCCAAGGCCAAGGCGUCCACCUCCUCAAAGCCUCAAUAAUGCUCUGGAGGCAAAGUCUUUUACUGAUCGAGUUGGACCUCCGCCCGAAGGUCUAGCCAUUGCAGAUUCGCCUUUCUUCUAUGUCACGCCGGAGGAGGAUUUGAGGAAGCCUCAGCCAAUGUGCCUUAGGCGCCUCCAGCCAUAUGAGUGA